AUGAGAACUCCAAAUGAGACAAUGGUGACUGAAUUCAUCUUGAUUGGGUUAUCUGAACACCCCCAAGCACAGACUGUGUUCUUUUGGAUCCUCUUAACAGUAUACUUCAUAACCUUUCUUGGGAAUGGCCUCAUGAUCAUACUGAUAACUCUAGACUCCCGCCUUCAUUCUCCCAUGUAUUUCUUUCUUUGCAUCCUCUCCUCAGUAGAUCUCAUCCUCUCCAACAAUGUACUUCCUGAGAUCCUGCUCAACUGCUUCUUCUACAGGCCCACCAUCUCCUUCUGCAGAUGUUUGGUUCAGAUGUAUGUUGGUCUAUUACUCGUCGUAAUAGAAUGUGUCCUGCUUGCCAUUAUGGCCUAUGACCGCUUUGCAGCCGUAUGCCACCCGCUCCACUAUACACAGAUCAUGAGCUGGAGAUUUUGUGUCAGUCUGGUGUCUGCAUGCUUGACCCUUGCCUUACUGAAUACUUUCAUCAAUGUAGUGUUGCGGCCAACUGACUUCUGUGGACGAAAUAUCAUUAACCAUUUUGGAUGUGAGCUACAGUCAUUCCUCAAACUGGCCUGCUCUGACACAACCACUAGCAAUCUCUACAUGCAACUUUCCUCCCUCUUUUUUGUAGUAUCACCCUUUGGCUUCAUUGUUGUGACAUAUGGGCGUGUAGGGUUAGCUGUUCUGCGCAUUCGCUCAACACAAGGACGGAAGAAAGCCUUGUCCACAUGUAGCUCUCACCUCACGGUGGUCAGUGUCUUUUAUGGUACAAUCAUGGUCAUGUACUUGAAGCCCCAAGGAAAAUCUAAUUCAGAUCAAGAUAAACUCAUAGCUUUAAUGUAUGGGGUCAUAACUCCCAUGCUUAACCCUUUAAUCUACAGCUUGAGAAACAGGGAUGUGAAGGGAGCUUUCUGGAGAGUGUUUGGAAGAAAAUGUCAAAACAAAGCUUAG